AUGGUUGAGUGUGUAUCAGCAGGAGAACAGCAUGACCAAGUUUUCAUUUUAGCAAGCUGUCUUCGGGAGCUACGGGAGGUAGCAGGCUUCCCCUGUGGCACAUCCAGCCCAAAUGGUCCACAGAGGGUGGGCACAGUGCAGUUUAUGAUGACCAAUAAACUGGAUAUGGCAGUGUGGCUUUUUCGCUUGUUCACAGUUUACUGCCGUGCUUUGUUUGUUCUUAGUCUUCUUGGGAUGCAUGAAGCAGCAAGCUUUUACCAAUGUGCUUUGCUGGCAAAUGCUCUUACCAGUGCUUUGAGGCUGGACCAAAGAUUACCGCACUUCCAGUUAAGCAGAGCUAUCCUGGCGCAGGCAUUGUUAGAGGACAGCUGCCACUACCUGUUGUAUUCUCUUAUCUUUGUCAACUCAUACCCAGUCACAAUGAGUAUUUUCCCAGUCCUGUCAUUCUCUUUGCUUCAUGCUGCCACAUAUACUAAAAAGGUCCUUGAUGCAAAGGGUUCAGAUAGUUUACCUCUGCUUAGAUCUGUCUUGGAUAAAUUAAGUGCUAAUCAACAGAAUAUUCUGAAAUUCAUUGCUUGUAAUGAAAUAUUCUUAAUGCCUGCUACAGCUUUUAUGCUUUUUAUUGGUCAAGGAAGUUUACUCCAGCCUUUUAUAUACUACAGAUUUCUUACUCUUCAAUAUUCCUCUCGAAGAAACCCAUAUUGCCAGACUUUGUUUAAUGAACUCAGGAUUGUUGUUGAACACAUAAUAAUGAAACCUGCUUGCCCACUGUUUGUGAGAAGACUUUUUCUCCAGAACAUUGCCUUUAUAAGCAGACUGGCACCAACAGUUGCAUAGUUUAACAUUCAGUUAUAUAUUAAUUAGCAGCUGGUACUUCUGCUAGGGAUUUGUAAAUUCCAGGUGUUACACUGACUUCAAUCCAAUUUAAAUGAUUUACCUAAAUGCAUCUCAGUAGAGAAAUACUCAUUUUCCUGGCAUGUUAAAUCAAGCCUUUUAAAAAGUUUCUGAGAAAAUUUUAUUGUGCUGUGUAGCUAAUGGUUAAGAAAGUUUAUACCAUGCUGUUUUGACCACCGUAGCUUUGUAAGAUGCUUCAAAGUCAGGUAGCGUGAGACCUCCCACUUCAUUCCUCUUUCUCAAGAUAUUUUUGGCU